UAGAUCACUACACUCCUACAAACUUUUUGUAGUAAUUAACAUCCGACCGUCGAUUUUAAAAUGGUUUCGGAGGAAUUUCGGCGAGACGUGGCGGUGCUGAUGGUGCCGUUCCCUCUGCAGGGCCACCUCAACCAGCUCCUCCACCUCUCUCGCCUCAUCGCCGCCGAGGGGGUCCCCGUCCACUACGUCGGCACCACCGCCCACAGCCGCCAGGCCCGCCGCCGGAUCCACGGCUGGGACCCAAUCUCAAUUCCCAACAUCAUUUUCCACGAAUUCCCAUUUCUUUGCAGCCACGCGCCGGCGGACCCCCACGCGCCGAUCCUUUUCCCGUCGCAUCUCCAGCCGCUGUUCGACGCCGCCGCCGCCGCCCUCCGGCAGCCGGUGGCGGAGCUGAUCCGGUGCCUCUGCGCCACCAGCAGACGCGUGGUCGUUAUCUAUGACUCCCUGAUGGGAUCUGUGGUCCAGGACUUCGUGAAAUUCCCCAACGCUGAAUCUUACACGUUCCACAGCGUGUCGGCGUACACGAUCUUCUUCUUCCUUUGGGAGAAACUGGGAAAGCCUUUCGACGUUGAUCCGGGACUCGUCGAGAACCUCCCGUCCCUCGAAGGAUGCUUCUCGCCGGAAUUUACGAAGUUCAUCGGAAACCAGCACAAGUACCUCUGUCUGAAUUCCGGCAGGAUUUACAACACCUCCAGAGUGCUCGAAAAUCAGUUUCUACAAAUGCUGUCGGAACCCCAAAUCAGUGGGAACAAGAAACAGUGGGCGCUCGGACCGUUCAACCCGCUCGACACCCGGUCCGCCGCCGACCGCCGCCACCGCUGUCUGAAAUGGCUCGACCGGCAGCCGCCGGAGUCGGUGAUUUUCAUAUCGUUCGGGACGUCGACGACGCUGUCGGAAAAUCAAAUCCAGGAAUUGGCGGCGGGACUGGAAAUUAGCGGCGGGAGAUUCAUUUGGGUGCUGAGAAGCGCCGACGGCGGAGCCACCGCCGGAGAGGAAAUAAAGAGAGUGGAAUUGCCGGCGGGGUUUGAAGAGAGGGUUAAAGAAAGGGGAAUUAUUGCGAGGGAUUGGGCGCCGCAAUUGGAGAUUUUGGGGCAUCCGGCGACCGGAGGGUUUAUGAACCACUGCGGGUGGAAUUCGUGUAUGGAGAGCAUUUCGAUGGGAGUUCCGAUCGCCGCCUGGCCAAUGCACUCCGAUCAGCCGCGGAACACGGCGUUGAUCGCGGCGGUGCUGAAGAUCGGGCUGGUGGUGCAGGACUGGGGGCGGCGGGGAGAGGUGGUCGACUCGGCGGCGGUGGAGAGCGCCGUCAGGAGGCUGAUGGUGUCCGGAGAAGGGAAGGAGAUGCGGCGAAGGGCGGCGGAGUUGAGCGGCGCUGUGAGGGAGGCUAUGGCGGAAGGUGGGACCACGCGCCUGGAGUUGGAUUAUUUCAUUUCUCACAUCACCAGAUGAUAAUUGUUCUUGAAGCUCCCUGGAGCUCCGCUCCCCGCAGUCAUAGCAGCUGUUGUUUAUUAUGUUUAUGUUAGUUCGACAGGCUGGUCCCGUGAUGUUGAAUUUCUUAGGGAGCUUAACUCCCUGGACUUGGGAAUCUCUACUAUAUAUGGCUGUUCGUCUCUCUCUAUCUAACGUAAUUAUAAGUAUUUUAUAAAAUAAAUUUUUAUCACCGUCCA